CCUGCGGAGAGUUCACAGAUGGUGGAUCCAAAUCAACAAUGCAACCAAAGCUUCUUCAAACCCUUCCGUAUUUAGUCUUCAUCUCCAUCCUCUUCCUCUAUCUGUACUCUUUUGCCCUCAGUCCUUACUCGUUGCCAUCUUCUGCUUCCAACUCCGCUCCGCAUCUUUCAUCAUCGCAGCCCUGCAAUCUCUUCAACGGGAGCUGGGUUCUGCCCUCCAACCGCCCGAGACCUUUCUACGAUGACUCCUGCCCUUUCCACAGAAACGCCUGGAACUGCAUUAGGAACAACCGAGAGAACAUGGAUCUCAUCAGUUUCUGGCAAUGGGUGCCUCAAGAUUGCGAAUUGCCUCGUAUCGAUCCGGAGAGGUUUCUGGGUUUCAUGAGGAAUAAGAAAAUCGGGUUUAUUGGGGAUUCGUUGAAUGAGAACUUUCUGGUCUCAUUUCUGUGUAUUCUUAGAGUGGCUGAUAAUGGAGCUAGGAAGUGGAAGAAGAAGGGGGCAUGGCGCGGUGCUUAUUUCCCCAAGUUCAACGUCGUUGUUGCCUAUCACCGUUCAGUGCUGCUUGCUAAAUAUAACCAAAAGGGUAUGCAUCUGACCAAUGAGGGAGUGAAGGGAACUCAUCGAGUAGACAUUGAUGUACCCGGGGACGAGUGGGCCAACGUUACCAGCUUUUAUGACGUCCUCAUUUUCAACACAGGACAUUGGUGGAGUUAUGCUAAAUUCCCAAAGGAGGCACCUCUUGUUUUUUACCGUGGAGGGCAACCAGUGUAUCCCCCUCUUGGGUUGUUUGACGGGCUGAAGAUUGUUCUCGAGAACAUGGUUUCGUAUAUUGAACAACAAGUUCCAAAGAAGACGGUCAAGUUUUGGCGCCUACAAUCGCCGAGGCAUUUUUAUGGUGGUGAAUGGAAUCAGAAUGGAAGUUGCUUGUUCACCAAACCCCUCAGGGAGAAUGAGCUUGAUACUUGGUUUAACCCCGAAAGGAAUGGAGUGAACCGGGAAGCAAGACAAAUCAAUCGGGUAAUCGAGGAUACACUGGAAGGCAGGGACAUAAAGUUACUGGAUUUGACACAUCUGAGUGAGUUCAGAGCGGAUGCCCACCCAGCGAUUUGGCUUGGGAAGAAAGACGCUGUGGCAGUUUGGGGCCAGGACUGCAUGCAUUGGUGUCUGCCUGGCGUCCCAGACACUUGGGUCGAUAUACUGUCGAAGCUGAUCUAUGAUAAUGUGGAACCAGCAGUUGGAUGAAAGAAACUCUUGUGGAGAUAUCAGAUAUGACAUUCAAUUUUGUAGGUAGGUCCUUCACACCUCGGCACAUAGAUUUCACCAACGAGAGCGCUCAAUAUUUUUCAUGGUGCUGUUACAAAAGCUUGAAUUUCAAUGAGGAAUCGGGCAAAUCAUAUUCGACAUAGACGGAUAUAAAUCAUAUGCAUCAGAGUUAUUCAGCGAAUUUGUUGAUUCGGAUUUCCUCAUGUUGUCUUUCGGAUAUGUUUGUAAUUUCUGAACUGUUUUUUCCAGGGAUAACCUCAUUGUGCAUUGCUACUACAUAAUUCAAUCUUUCCUCUAUUAAAUUUGUAAAAAGUGU